AUGGCGCCUCCAGCUGCUGACCUUGACUUGUCCGUUCGUCCUGUCGAACAUCAGGCACCACCCAAAGUGAGAUCCAAAGGCGAAAGCGGAUCCCGCUUAGAAAAGCCGUUGGUCUCCUCCAGUUCGCUCGAACAAUAUGAGCAUGCCAACGUUACACCGGUCAUUGGGGAGGAAUUUCCAAAACUGCAGCUCAGUGACAUCCUACAUGACGAUACGAAGGUCAGAGAUCUUGCCAUCUUAGUCUCUCAGCGCGGCGUGGUCUUCUUCCGCAAUCAGAACCUAAACAUUGAUGAUCAGAAGAUCUUGGGACAAAGGCUCGGAGAGCUCACGGGCAAGCCGGAGACAUCCAAGCUCCACCGCCACGCUCUAAGCAACAGCAAGCGUGGCAUCGCCGUCGACGAGAACGGAAAGCUCGACGACGAAGUCUCGGUCAUCUCCUCCGACCAAAACCGCACCUUCUACGCCGACCGCUUCGGUGCAAACUCCAAGCGUCUCGCCAGCGAAGGCUGGCACGCCGACAUCACCUUCGAGCGUAUCCCCUCCGAUUACGCCAUUCUCAAAGUGCACACACUUCCCGCCGACGGCGCCGGCGGCGACACCCUCUGGGCCUCCGGCUACGAAGCGUACGACCGCCUCUCGCCCCCGUUACAGAAAUUCGCCGAAGGCCUAACCGCCACGCACCACCAGCCCAACUUCAACCGCGUCGCGGCGGAGUUCGGCGCCGAGCUGAUUUCUACCUCUCGCGGCAGCCCUGAAAACACCGGCCUCGACUUCGCCGCCAGCCACCCCGUCGUGCGGACGAACCCCGUGACGGGCUGGAAGAGCCUCUUCGGGGCGGGACACCAGCUCGAGCAUGGGUGGAUUGACGGCGUGACGGCGCGGGAGAGCGAGAUACUCAAGGGCUAUUUCCUGCAGGUUGUCGUGGAGAAUCAUGAUUUGCAGGUUCGGUUCCGGUGGCGGGAGAACGAUGUCGCGAUCUGGGAUAACCGGAGUGUGUUUCACACUGCGACGAAUGACUACGCGGGGAAGAGGCAGGGGAACAGGGUGGUAGGGUUGGGCGAGAAGCCCUUUUACGAUCCGGGCAGUGUGUCGAGGCGGGAGGCGUUGGCCCGAGAG